CUUUUAUACCUUUUGAAGUAAUCAACGUCACGUUUUUUGUUUCAAAAGGAAAAUUAUUAGGACAUAAAAGUCUUCUAAUCAGUGGUGUCCACCGACUGAGAUGGUUUAAUUGAUAAUUAAACCGGCCAAUCUCGAUAACCAUACAAUCGGAUAACAGUUUUGGACUAUGCCAUUCUUGGACUCUGUAAACCCAGCUAGACGCGUGCUUUUGUUGCUACUUGGGGGAAAAAAAUACUCUUAUCAUCACAGAAACGAGAAUCUGGUUGUGUUCUAGGCGAGUAAAAGGAUCAAAGUUUUAGAGUCAGACAAGCGGUUUUUUUCUGGUUUUUAUCCUCUUCAUCUGGUCAAGUCGGCCAGAGCGCAUGUUGGGCUUAAAUAUGAAAUUUCGAUCUUCAUGAUAAGUUGUGGCUGCUGGAUUGGAAAAACCAGGAAAUGGUCCCGGAGAACCUGAAGAAACAACUCGCCUUGGCUGUGAGAAGCAUUCAGUGGAGCUACGCAAUCUACUGGUCUGGUUCACCAAACAACCCCGGCUUGUUCGAGUGGGGUGAAGGGUACUACAAUGGGGACAUAAAGACGAGGAAAACAAGCCAAGCAGGAGAACUUAAUUCUGAUCAAAUAGGUUCACGGAGGAGUGAGCAGCUCAGAGAUCUAUAUGAGUCCCUUGCAACUGCAGAAUCCAGUCCACAAGCUAAAAGGUCUUCAGCUGCGCUAUCCCCUGAGGAUCUCACUGAUACGGAAUGGUAUUACUUGGUGUGCAUGUCGUUCGUAUUCAACAUGGGCCAAGGGUUGCCUGGAAGAACUCUGGCGAAAGGCCUACCCAUUUGGCUGUACAAUGCCCAUUUGGCUGAUAGCAGAAUUUUUAGUCGCUCCCUUCUGGCAAAGAGUGCAUCCAUUCAGACAGUGGUGUGCUUUCCUUUUCUGGAUGGUGUUCUUGAGCUAGGCACAACCGAUCUGGUCUCAGAGGACCUCAGUCUCAUUCAACGCAUGAGAACUUCUUACUUGGAUAUUUUAGAUGCCAAAGUUCGCAAGAACUCUGGAGUUGCAUUCAACACUGGAGACGGUGAAGAAAUUGUUGGUGCAGCAUUUGAUCAUAAUGCUUUUGACGUUAAAUUGACUCCUGAAUCAGAAUAUGACGUACCCAAUGCAACUUCUCCCAAUAAUAGUUCAAAUGGGUUUCAAGUCAAUAAGCAAGCGGAUGAGAGAUUCAUGGUUGAAAGGAUAAAUGGUGUUGCUUCCCAUGUCCAAAGCUGGCAAGUGAUGGAGGAUGAGUUGAGUAAUUGUGCCCAUACUUCCAUGAAUACUAGUGACUGUAUAUCUCAAACUUUUGCUAGUUCUGAAAAGAAUGCUUCUGUUCCCAAAGGCGAUCGAUGUGGGCAAGAUCUUCAAGAGUGCAAAAACAAAAAAAAGACCGAAGUGGAUGUUCAUAGUGAUGAUUGGCAUUACCAAAAUGUUCUUUCUUCUCUUCUUAAAAGCUCAGACCAAUUAAUUAUGGGAUCACAUUUUCAAAACUCUCAUUGUGAAUCCAACUUUGUCAGUUGGAGGAAAGAAGGAUCAAUGGUUGUUCAACGGCCAAGAGGGGGAACCCACCAAAGAAUUUUGAAGAAGAUAUUGUUUGAAGUUCCUCGUAUGCACACAGAUUGGUUGCUUGAGUCUCAAGAAGAAAAUGACUAUAAAGAGGGAAUGAGACCUGAAGCUGAUGAAAUUGGCUUGAGCCAUGUACUGUCUGAAAGAAAGAGAAGGGCAAAACUGAAUGAAAGGUUUUUAACCCUUAAAUCAAUGGUUCCUUUGAUUACUAGGGAUGACAAAGUUUCGAUACUAGAUGAGGCAAUUGAACACCUUAAAAAGCUGGAGAAAAAGGUGAGAGAGUUGGAAGCUCUCAAGGAGUCCAAAGAUUCAGAGACUAGAACUAAAAGAGCACCUCAAGAUGUGGUGGAAAGGACUUGCGAUAAUUACUGUAACAACAGAGCUGAUAAUGGCAAGAAGCCAGCGAUGAACAAAAGGAAGGCUUGUGACGUUGAUGAGACAGUGACAGAGAUGGAUUCAGUUCGUCUAAAAGAUAUUUCUAAUAAUGUUACUAUCUGCAUGAACGACAAUGAGGUUUUGAUUGAAAUGAAGUGUCCUUGGAGGGAAGGAGUUCUGCUAGAGAUAAUGGAAGCCGUAAGCAAUCUUCAUUUAGAUUUUCAUUCGGUUCAUUCAUCAGAAGCCGAUGGGACUCUUUAUUUAACCAUGAAAUCCAAGAUCAGAGGAGCAGCUCUUUCCUCAACAAAAAAGAUCAAACAAGCACUCCUUAAGGCAGCUUGGAAGUGUUGAAUCUUUUAUAUUGGUCUUCUACACUCUGUAAAUUUUAGACUGUUGGAGUCAUGAGUUGAUCUAGAUUUUGCAGGAAAUUUUCUAAGAGGGAAGCUUAGUUGUCAUGGCAAUACCCUGAUGAUGAAAUAUGGAGUUUUUCCCAAGAAAUCAGAGAUGGGAAGUGGAGCUUAGUUCACUAUAUUUUAUGUAAUAUUAACUCCUAUAGCCUAACUCAGCUUUGAUCAAUGACUUCGUGCUUGUAGGUAAUCCUACAUUGUUAAUUAUGCGUAGAUUAUUGAGUCUGCAAGUCCCCAAGGAAGGGGAAGAAUUGAAGGUGAAUGCUUAUUGCAUGCAUGUGAGAAAUUUACCAUGGCACCGUUAAGAUGAUUUUCCUGGAGAUUGUAAUGAAGUAAACUGCAAUAUUUUUUUCCCUGAUCAAAUCUAUAAUUCUUUAAUUCUCA